AUGCUACUGCCGUUCCUUAUUCUGCCGCUGGCCUUGGAUAUUUGCAUUGAUUUGGCUCACCCAACCUCCAUGGGCUUGGGGUAUCCAGUUGCCAAGCUGAGAUAUGCAAACUCUUCGAGAUGCGGUUACUGCCGCACUCAGGGCCAGAGUUAUUCGUAUUACGCAAACGCCACUUCUUUGAGUCCAAAAUUUUAUCAAAUUCUUCUUGACCGAUGUUGGCGUCGAUCGGGCAAACUCUUGUACCGGCCGGACCAGAGGAGGUCGUGCUGCCCCCAUUAUACGAUUCGGCUGGAUUCUGGCCGAUUCAAACCAUCGAGAGACCAACGCCAAACCGUGAAUCGUUUCAACAAGUUUGUAUUGGGGGAGUCAUAUAUUAAGGACGCAGCACGCCUUUACCCAAAAUCCCGCAAGGAGGUCAAAAAGAGGGACAACGAAUUCUGCCUUGUUGAUCGUGUCCACGAAGCGGAGUAUGGAAAAUUGCAAACUCCACCAGAACCUGCUCAUAAGCUUGUCAUCACUCUGGAAGACGAUGACUUCACCGAAGAGAAGUACCAGGUUUAUGACAACUAUCAAAGAGUUGUCCACAAGGACCCCCCCGAAGACAGGACUCCCCGAGCAUUCAAGCGAUUCCUUUGUAGUUCUCCCUUACGAAGGGAAGUCAUGGUGACACCUGAUGGACAGGAACGCAGUUUGGGGUCAUAUCAUCAGUGUUACCGGCUUGAUGGCGUCCUGGUUGCCAUUGGGGUACUAGACCUGCUACCCGACUGCGUCAGCUCCGUUUAUUUUCUGUAUCAUGAAAGCAUUCACAAGCAGACCCCAGGCAAGCUGGGGGCAAUGCACGAAAUUGCUUUGGCGAAAGAAGAAGGGUAUCGCUGGUGGUACCCUGGGUUUUAUAUUCAUAACUGCCCCAAGAUGAAGUAUAAAGUCGACUACUCCCCGCAAUUCAUCCUCGACCCCAACAGCCUUGGCUGGGACCCAUUAGACGAGACAACUUUGAAUCUCCUUGACCGGAAGCCGUUUCUCAGUCUUAGCAUCGAAAGACAAAAAGCUUCCACUGCUGACAGCGAGUCCCGGACUAGUGAGCAUCAAGGAUGCAACACGUCAAAGGUUCCCAAUCGGGGUGGCCCAACUCGUCCCAGAAACAGCACAGUUACAGGGGGCCGCAACAACGGGGAGGAGCAAAGUGAGGAUGGGAAUGAAGAUGGAGAUUCAGGGUCCCUUUUUCUGUCAAGCAUGCCGGGUAUUACUUGCGCCUCCGAUAUGGAGCAGGUUGAUCUGGAUCAUAUUGCCUUGAAGGUGUUUCCCACCGGACCACUAUUCGAGACUUCUGAUCUCCUAGAUUGGGACUCUAAGAGCAUCAUGGACUGGCCCGGGGUUAAGGCAUCGGUGGCGGAAUUGAUUGCCGCCCUAGGGCCAGAUCUAAAAGGCUUGAUCUGUUUAGAUAUGACACGUGAGAAAAAGGUUUAG